GAUCCUCUAGAUUAUCUCUUAUAAAAAGGUACCCAGUACUUCGAAUUAAUUAUAAAGAAAAGUAACUUUUAAAAUGGAGCUGUUAAAGUUCCUUUUCUGUAUGGUUUUAGUUGCUGUCUGUGUAGCUCACUGUCCGGAGUCCGACACAAAUUUACUUAAAUGGAGCGAUCAUGCUGGAACGUGGAGCGGCUCGCCACCAGCUGAAAAUGACAACCUGACAAUCACACAACCAAUAUUACUAGACGAACAGCCGCCAACUUUGUACUCCAUAAUCAUCACAGCUACUGGUAAAUUAGUCUGGGACCCAAACACUGAGGUCCACCUGAAGGUACAUUGGGUCCAAGUUGACGGAGAACUACAUAUCGGAUCAGAGCAUUGUCCAUUUCAGUCAAACACUCACAUCACAUUUCUAGGAAAUGUCGAAGAAAACAAUUUGGGUGCUGGCGGAGAUAAAGCCUUAUUUGUGACAGCUGGUGGAACACUCGAAAUUCACGGAAAACCCAAACUAUCCUGGACCAAGCUUGCACAAACCGCUCCAAAAUUCAACACAGAAACCGAUGUUACUGCUAGCCAACAGGAAAAUACUAAAAGUAGAGGACUUGCUGUUUACAGUAUCAACCCGACAACAGGAGAACUAGUUGACUCAGCUUUUUUCAACUUUGCGAUCAAUCGUAAAAAAUAUCCAGAACUGAUCAUUUCAUUUGUAAACUUAUUAGAAAGUAUUCCCAAUGACAAUGUAGUCGGUAUUGCAUUACACAGAGAAUUACCUCGAAGAGACGACAUAAGUGGAAUAUUUGAAGCGAUCGAGAUUUUAGCUGGACAGACAGAUGGAACGAAUCCGCUCAGGAGUACUGAUGAUGCAAUGUAUGCUUUUCUUACAACAAAAGGCUCAACUGCCAUGACGAAAGAGGUGUACCUACCGUUAAAGUCAGAAGGAAAAACGAUUGCCGAAGUCUCAAUGGUUGUUAGAGAAAUUGUCAUCCAAGUGACGAGUACCUAUGAUAUGAAUAUGAAAGGAAAUUCCAAAGCUGAAGUAUUAGUCGCAGAUGAUACGAAGUACAGACCAAUUUUGAAUUUUAUAGAAGAUGUCAGCACAUGGAAAAUAGGAGAUACUGUUGUUAUUGCAUCUACCGACUACGACUGGAAGCAGGCGGAAGAGAAAACUCUCAUUGAAUGCCCGUCCUGCAAUGAUAACCAGAUACGGGUAUCGGGUCCAUUGAAGUUCACUCACUAUGGGGAAAUCUACAAAAAUGUUGAUAUGAGAGGCGAAGUUGGAUUAUUAACCAGAAACAUUUUGUUCGACAGUGAAGAUUCUGAAGGAUCAACUACAUAUGGUGGAAAUCUUAAGGCACUAAAAGGAUUCAAAAGUGUUCAUAUUGAAAAUGCAGAAUUCAAUGACCUUGGACAGCAAGAAGUUUUAGGGAGAUAUCCAUUACAUUUCCAUAUGUGUGAAGAUGUUGAUUUGGAUGAAGCUACAAGGCCAUGGAUCAAACACAACUCUAUCCAUCAUUCAAAUAGCAGAUGUGUUACUGUACAUGGAACACAUGGUGUUAUUGUUGAAGAUAAUGUAUGUUACAUGACAAAGGGUCACGGUUAUUUCUUGGAAGAUGGUGGCGAAAAGAGAACGAUAUUGAAUGGAAACUUAGGACUUGGUCAGGAAAAAGGAACACUUAUUAUAUCUGAUAUAUCACCAACUACCUUCUGGAUCACGAAUCCUCUUAGUUACGUCAGAAACAAUGUAGCAGCAGGGGGUGAAGGAAAAGGAUAUUGGUUUACAUAUCCACGAAUUCCUUUAGGCCCUUCAGCUGACAAAGGAUAUAUGUUACAAGACGAAGCAAGACACACAGUUAUAUCUGAAUUUGACAACAAUGUUGCCCAUUCAAAUAGACAGCAUGGCUUUUUCCUUGAUAACGAAUUUCACCCCGACGGAAGUGCUACUGGAUAUAACAGAUACAGACCUAAGGAAGAUCCCAUAAUGCAUUUGAAAUAUCAGAAUUCUACUGAUAAACCAUCUAUAAUAAACAGAAUGACAGCUUAUAAGAACACACCAAGAAACGCAUGGAUUAGAGGAGGAAUGUUCAAAAUAACCCAUGCAUCGUUAGCAGACAGCGCUGAGUUACUGAAUAUAGUCAAAGAGAACUCUGCACUGCAGUUCGUAGACCAGAGUGUAUUUAUAGGAGAUUCUCCUAAUUUAGGAGAGCCAGCAGAAGUAAACGGCCAACCGGUAUCAAUUGGGAGAUCUUUUCCGCAACUUUCCGCAAAUAUGAUGGAGAGUUUCAAUCCAAGAAAAGGGAUCGCAUUAAGAAGAGGGCCUAUUUAUGUAACAGAUGUUUUCUUAGAUGAUUUUGCUGAUAACGAAUAUUACCAAAUGGGAGCCAUUAGUUGGGAUAAAAUGCAAGGACAAUCCCCUUUUCAUGGUAUAACUAAUGCACAAUUUGGUUUUUCUGAUCCUAGUGAGGGAAACAGAGUCAAGGGCAUUCUUCAGGAUGAAACAACGCGAACUGGUGACGAUAUUCGAACAUUCAGAGAUUUGGAUAAUUCGAUGCUAAGCCUUGAUGUAUCUGAUGAUUCAGUCGUUACAGUUCUAAGUCCUGAAGCAUUUCACAUGACUGAAGAAUGUAAAAUCAGGUCAAACUGGAACUUUGGAUACUGUAAACAUGCUUAUGGGAAAUUAGCUAUAAAGUACCCCACAGAAAACGUUUUAACGAUGACAAGAGAUGAUGACUACGAGACCGCCCGAGUAGAUGCAGAUUCACCAGGUGAUGCUAGCUUUCUGGUCAUUACAGGAGAAAGUUACAGUUAUUCUAUGUAUUUUGAAGAGGCAGUUCCGAACGAAUUCGGUAUACUAAUGGUUGGAUUGUCAAAAUCACAAAGUGUACGACUAGGAGUGUGUAUCCCAUCUGAUGCUACAUUUAGAGUUUUUGGAGGAAUGGUAAAAUGGGCAGCCGUAGAUUCCUUAAGCGAUGUUGAUGCGAUCGGAGACUACUUUUACGAUUCCGAUACUGGGUACCUUUCUAUGUUCUUGUCUGACUCGAGAGAAUUUGAAGCAGGAGAAGUAGGUGAAUGUGUUGGAGAGGGUGAAAUGUGCAGAAGAGUAAUGGUAAAAAUUGAAAGUGGCGAUCUUACCCAGACUGACUGUCUUAGCGCUGCUCAUGAAAAAUUUAACCUUUCAUCUAGCUCGUCCGAAUCUCGAAGGAGGCUUACAACAUUACUUGAAUUUCUAAGCAAAAGACUUAGCCACGGAAGCAGACAAAAACGAUCUGUUGACAUUGCUGGAGCAAUAGAUACCAGAGAACUUCCUGCUUCUGCUAAUGAACUACCUGCGAACUGGGGAGCAGGGUCAACCAGAGGACAAUAG